AUGGAGCAGAGGAUAACCGUUGCGGUUCGUAUUCGACCCCCGUUAGAAAAAGAGCGCUUUGAGCCGCUUUGCGCCCGCAAGGCUGACGAUGGUCAGACUAUCGUAAUCAAGAGUGAAGAGUCCAUGGGUGAGCCUGUGACGUUUCAAUUUGACGACGUUUACGAUGGCAGCGAUUACCAGACUGACGUAUACGAGCAGUCAGUUCAAGAGCUUGUCGAUCACGCCCUCCAAGGGGCAAACGCAACCGUUCUCACGUACGGUCAAACAGGGAGUGGCAAAACAUACACAAUUCUCGGCUCCAUGUCUAACGGGCAGCUGACGGACGAAGCUGGCAUUUUCCCCCGUGUAUUUCAUGAUCUAUUCACCUACAAGGAGGCAAUACAAAACCAAAUACAUAUGGCUAUAUUUCUUUCAGCUGUGGAACUAUACGUAGAGGAUGUGAUGGAUCUCCUUGCGCAGCGAAAAAAAAUAAAGCUUCGUGAGACGCCAGAGGAGACUAUUACACCUGGCGUCAAUACUGUUGAGGUGCUGUCGAUGGAAGACGUGAUGCAGAACUUCAAAAAGGCCAAUGCAUACCGCUCCGUUACAUCCACAAAAAUGAAUGACUCUAGUUCGCGGUCGCAUGCACUUUUUUUUAUUGAUAUAUUUCAGGUGCCAAUAAAAAGCUGUUCACAAUGCCCAACGAGGGAGCAGCUGAUUGACGCGAACGGUAUACCCAUCAACAGUGGCAUCAAGGGUCUCGUGCGGUCACGCAUCGCUCUGGUGGAUUUGGCUGGCAGCGAACGUGUCAAGCGGUCAGGUGUAGAAGGCCAGGCGAUGGUAGAAGCGCAAGCCAUCAAUAAAUCACUCUCCGCACUGGGAACGACUAUAAACGCCAUGUAUGUAGAAAGUAAUCACAUUCCUUUUCGAGAGUCCAAGCUGACAAAGCUCCUCAAGCCGUCUUUUGUGGAUCGAUCAUCGCGGCUUCUUCUUAUCGGUCAGAUUUCCCCGCCAAGCUGCAGCGCACAGGAAUCACAAGGGACAUUGCGAUUUUGCGACCGUGUUAAAGGGUUAAAAGCAGGCAAGGUGACUGGCAUCCUCGACCCUGAAGAAGAGGAACGUUAUUUACGAUCUCUUCGCCAGCACGAUGAACUCUCCGCGGACCUACGCAUUGCCGGUGUGCUGUGUUACUACAAGCCGCAACGCCCUCAGGUCAUUGCAAAGCUCAAAAAUAUCAGCGUGACAGAAGCCCGCAACACGUCCAUCGCUGCAUUGCAAAAAGACGCCGACAAACUAGUAGCACGCAAAGAGGCAGAACAGCUGCGGAAAAUGGAGGCGCAAGUUGCACGGGAGCAUGAAAAGAUGGCACAGACAUUUGCUGAUGAGAUGAAUCGCAUGAUUGAGGAGUACGAGACAGAGGCACGUGAGGUGAAGAAGGCUAAGAAGGCCGCAAAACGCUUGAAGGAGGCACAAGAAGUCGAGGUGGAGGAAAAACUAACGGAGGCGAAGAAAGCAAAGAAAUGCCGCUUGAGGUUGGAGGAAAAAUUGGAACAGUUGCGUUCCGCCUUGGAGGAGGCAGGUGUGCUGGAGACAGAAAUGGAUCACGAGUGUGCUCACGGCACCGAUGAAGUUGCGAUGCGGAGUGAGGAACCCCUCAGGGGGGAGAAGAAGUCGCGAGACAACGCAGUGCAUACGCUGGUGGAGAGCUUCCACUCGCAUGCGACGGAGCUCGGCCACCUCCACGACUUGUACGCACAGCGUCUGGGUGCGACGCAACGGCAGCGCUCGCAGGUGCGCCGCACGAAGCUGUUGAGCUCCACCGCUCUUAUGGAGAGCACGCUGGUGUACGACAUCAUCGACUUCAUGAUCGACCGUUCCGUCGACAUCGCGGACGGCGUUACUAAUGCGUCGCAGCAGUACUCGUGGAACGACAUUGAAGGCCUCAGCAGCAUGCUGCGGAGCGGGGAGCAGUGGUACCCGCCGUUGGUGGCGCAGGUGGGCGCGGCUGCCGAGAGGUGUGAGCAGAGCGUGUACCACAAUGCCACCUUUCUCAGCUCCGACGACAGCGAUGAGGAGAACUCCCACUACCCUGGCGAAACCCGGAGACGUUACGUUGAAGGAAGAAGCGCGGGUCGAGGCAGCAUCGACGACGGCCGCGAUGGCUCCUUCGCGUACAGUGAGGCGUCUGAUCUGCCUCCGCCCACACGUGAGGCAAACGCCCUUGCAGAUGCAGAGGGCAGAGGGGACGGCGACGUUGAUGCUGACGGUAACGAGGGGGAGGAUGAACUUGGGCAGCGCAGCAACGAGGCGGAUGAGCCGAAGGACGAAACAGAGAUGGCCAAGGCGGAGAAGCUCCAAAGACGCAAGAGGCAGGACCAGGAGUACCUCAUGCGUGUGUACGACUCGCCGACGCUGGUGCAAGAGGUCAUCAAAUUCCUGCGCGGUGGCACUGUCAUGCUGAAGCACGGGCGCAACGGCAAGCCGCACCGCCGAGUCUUCUGGGUUGCCAUUUCGCAGCACCAACGCAAGCUGCAGUGGGCGGAUCCCGACACCAAGGGGGCACUUGACCGCUCCUCCAUAGACCUCAGUGAUGUGAGCUACAUUCAACUUGGCUGCUUCAGUAAAGUAUUCAAACGUUACCCGUCGAAUGACUUCGACAGACCCAGCCUUCUAUCGUAG